AUGAAACGCACUUUCAAGUUGAAAAAGCGUGAUCACAUACUUAUGCACUUUGAGAAGGCUGCGAAAUCUUAUUCCAUUGCUGAAUUUGAUUGUCAUUUUCGCAAGAUCAAGCGAAAGGAACAUGUUGCUCAAUAUCUUGAAGAGGCAGGGUUACAUAAGUGGUCUAGAGCUCACAUGGAUGGACGCCGCUACAAUGUAAUGACAACAAAUAUUACGGAGUCAAUCAACUCAGUCCUUAGGUUUGCAAGAAUGCUGCCAGUGGUUCAUUUGAUAGGGGAAAUUGUUAAUCUCCUUGUGAAAUGGUUCACCGACCGUCGUGAGUUGGCUUUGAAUUGCACAACAACAUUGUGCCCCAAUUUUGGAGAGAAGAAGUUGAGGAACAGGUUGGAGGAUGCUGCAAGGAUGAAUGUGGUUAAAGUUAAUAAUGCACAAUAUAAUGUUUUGGACGGUGAUAUGGACGGCCUCGUAGAUUUGACGAACAACAGUUGUAGUUGUAGAAAGUUUCAGCUUGAGCAGCUACCUUGCAAGCAUGUAGUUGCAGUUUGCCGCUUCUUGAAAGUAAGUGUAUAUGCAAAGGCUUCUCGGUAUUACACUCGGAAACCCUGGAUGGAUGCUUAUUCGGAUAGCAUCUACCCGGUACAACCUCACGGAAUGUGGGAUACUCCUGAAGAUGUUCGAAGUCGAGUUGUGCUGCCUCCCAUGGCAAGGGUCAUGCCAGGCAGAUGA